AUGACACAGACGACGUCCGACAAGGCCUUGGUCGCCUCGACGUCGGAAUGUGUCCCCUCGGAGCCCAAGGCGCCCUCAAUUGCGCCCUCGUUGACAUACUCGGACGACUCGGACGACCAGGAAGAGCCCGUCCGUCACGAGCAGACCCGCGCACGACGUGCCUCGACGCGGCUCAUCGCCCAGAAUGCCCGCGAUAUCCAGCGCAUCACCGGCGAGACCACGGCCGAGUUUGUCGGUCGCUGCUGCGGAGGCGGCUGCUGUUUGAUGGGCUCUCGUCGCUCCGUCCUCGAAUGCGAGCAGGUUUCCCCGCCGGAUAACGAUGCGUACCGCUCCCUGGGCCUCGAAAUUGGCCAAAUACCCGUCCAAUUGACAAAGGUCACCGACAUCCUGCCCUCUCCAACCGACUCGGCCAUUUCCUUCGGCUCCGAUCGUGGCUCGCCCCGCGCCGCCAGCCCCGGGUCCGAGGCCGUCAACACGGGCGUCCAGCCCCCGCGAUUCGUCCAGCCUCACCCCCCUUUCCACGUAUACCCGGCUCGCAUCCACGCCGCGCGCGAGCUCACCAGGCCGGGCGCCGAGAAGCGUACGUUCCACUUCGAUCUCGACAUCACUGACUACCCGGACGAGGAAUCGACCGACUUCAAGGUGGGCGGCGCCAUCGGCGUCAUGGCGCCCAACUGCCAGCACACCGUCGACGAUGUGUUGGACGCGCUCAUGGUGCCGCGGUUCCAGCGUGACAAGCCCGUCUUGAUGAGCACCACCAAAGGGCGAUGGCCCACCGUCUGGGGCGAUGAUAAGCCGCGAGAGAUUGUCACGACCCGCCGCGACUUGCUGACUUGGUGCACCGAUCUCCAAUCCUACCCGCCGACCAAGCCGCUCCUCCGCGUUCUCGCCGAGCACGCCAGCGCGGACAACGAAAAGAAGAUUCUCAUGUUUCUCUGUGCCGCUGAGGGCCAGGGGAGGUUCUGCGACCUCCGGACCGGGCCGCACAUGACCGUUGCCCAGCUCCUGCACGCCUUCCCGAGCUCGCAGCCGCCUCUGGACGAACUGCUGUCUUGCCUGCAGCAGCUCAUGCCCCGGUUCUAUUCCCUGUCCAACGAUCCCCACGAGUCGUACCAGGUUCGGGACCGGAAGCAACACCGUCUCAUUGAGAUUGCUGUUACGGUUCACGAGUCGGACGACUGGCAAAGGGGUUCCCGCACGGGCGUGGGCUCAGGGUUCUUUGAGCGCCAGGCUCGGCGCUUUCUCGACGCACAACAGGCCGGGGAGAAGAGCCCGGAGGUGUACAUUCCCAUGUUCAAGGGCCUCAUGGCGAACCCCCUGGCCAGGGAGUUCAAGGCGGACGGGCCGAUGCUUCUCAUCGGCGCCGGCGUGGGUAUCGCCCCUUUCCGAGGCUUCGUCCAACGCCGGUUGAAGCAGGCCAACUGCGCCAACAAGGUGUGGGUGCUGCAAGGCAUUCGCGACUCGCUCGUCGACGAGAUCUACAGCGGCGAGUGGGGCGUGCACGAGGACGAGGUCAAGCGCGUGGUGCAGAGCCGUCGCGGCGAGGGCAAGUACGUGCAGGAGGAAGUCCGGAAUCAGGCCGACCUUGUCUGGUACAUCAUCAAUGCCGUCGACGGACGCGUGUUUGUGUGCGGCAGCUCCAAAGGCAUGGGCGAGGGUGUCGAGGAAGCCCUCGUGGACGUGUCCAUGGCCAAGGGCAACCUGGAGCGGGAAGAGGCCAAGAACUUUUGGCAGCUAAAGAAGGAAGCGGGACAGUACAUUGCCGAGACGUGGUAG